AGUCAUGUCUGAGUCACAGAGAUGGGCAAGAUCGAGAACAACGAGAGGGUGAUCCUCAAUGUCGGGGGCACCCGGCACGAAACCUACCGCAGCACCCUCAAGACCCUGCCUGGAACACGCCUGGCCCUUCUUGCCUCCUCCGAGCCCCCAGGCGACUGCUUGACCACGGCGGGCGACAAGCUGCAGCCGUCGCCGCCUCCACUGUCGCCGCCGCCGAGAGCGCCCCCUCUGUCCCCCGGGCCAGGCGGCUGCUUCGAGGGCGGCGCGGGCAACUGCAGUUCCCGCGGCGGCAGGGCCAGCGACCAUCCCGGGGGCGGCCGCGAGUUCUUCUUCGACCGGCACCCGGGCGUCUUCGCCUAUGUGCUCAACUACUACCGCACCGGCAAGCUGCACUGCCCCGCAGACGUGUGCGGGCCGCUCUUCGAGGAGGAGCUGGCCUUCUGGGGCAUCGACGAGACCGACGUGGAGCCCUGCUGCUGGAUGACCUACCGGCAGCACCGCGACGCCGAGGAGGCGCUGGACAUCUUCGAGACCCCCGACCUCAUUGGCGGCGACCCCGGCGACGACGAGGACCUGGCGGCCAAGAGGCUGGGCAUCGAGGACGCGGCGGGGCUCGGGGGCCCCGACGGCAAAUCUGGCCGCUGGAGGAGGCUGCAGCCCCGCAUGUGGGCCCUCUUCGAAGACCCCUACUCGUCCAGAGCCGCCAGGUUUAUUGCUUUUGCUUCUUUAUUCUUCAUCCUGGUUUCAAUUACAACUUUUUGCCUGGAAACACAUGAAGCUUUCAAUAUUGUUAAAAACAAGACAGAACCAGUCAUCAAUGGCACAAGUGUUGUUCUACAGUAUGAAAUUGAAACGGAUCCUGCCUUGACGUAUGUAGAAGGAGUGUGUGUGGUGUGGUUUACUUUUGAAUUUUUAGUCCGUAUUGUUUUUUCACCCAAUAAACUUGAAUUCAUCAAAAAUCUCUUGAAUAUCAUUGACUUUGUGGCCAUCCUACCUUUCUAUUUAGAGGUGGGACUCAGUGGGCUGUCAUCCAAAGCUGCUAAAGAUGUACUUGGCUUCCUCAGGGUGGUAAGGUUUGUGAGGAUCCUGAGAAUUUUCAAGCUCACCCGCCAUUUUGUAGGUCUGAGGGUGCUUGGACAUACUCUUCGAGCUAGUACUAAUGAAUUUUUGCUGCUGAUAAUUUUCCUGGCUCUAGGAGUUUUGAUAUUUGCUACCAUGAUCUACUAUGCCGAGAGAGUGGGAGCUCAACCUAACGACCCUUCAGCUAGUGAGCACACACAGUUCAAAAACAUUCCCAUUGGGUUCUGGUGGGCUGUAGUGACCAUGACUACCCUGGGUUAUGGGGAUAUGUACCCCCAAACAUGGUCAGGCAUGCUGGUGGGAGCCCUGUGUGCUCUGGCUGGAGUGCUGACAAUAGCCAUGCCAGUGCCUGUCAUUGUCAACAAUUUUGGAAUGUACUACUCCUUGGCAAUGGCAAAGCAGAAACUUCCAAGGAAAAGAAAGAAGCACAUCCCUCCUGCUCCUCAGGCAAGCUCACCUACUUUUUGCAAGACAGAAUUAAAUAUGGCCUGCAAUAGUACACAGAGUGACACAUGUCUGGGCAAAGACAAUCGACUUCUGGAACAUAACAGAUCAGUGUUAUCAGGUGACGACAGUACAGGAAGUGAGCCGCCACUAUCACCCCCAGAAAGGCUCCCCAUCAGACGCUCUAGUACCAGAGACAAAAACAGAAGAGGGGAAACAUGUUUCCUACUGACGACAGGUGAUUACACGUGUGCUUCUGAUGGAGGGAUCAGGAAAGGAUAUGAAAAAUCCCGAAGCUUAAACAACAUAGCGGGCUUGGCAGGCAAUGCUCUGAGGCUCUCUCCAGUAACAUCACCCUACAACUCUCCUUGUCCUCUGAGGCGCUCUCGAUCUCCCAUCCCAUCUAUCUUGUAAACCAAACAACCAAACUGCAUCAGUCGGCUAAAUUGUAUUAAUUCAAGUGCUGUUUAUCCCAUAAUGGAAAUAAUUAAAUGUAGAGUUAUUCCAGGCUCCAUUAAUACAGUAUAAAUCUUGCAUGAUACUACAAUUCGAAGUCAGAAAUGCCACUUGGGUAGCUAAUGAAUCUUACCCAGGCUUUAAAGAUUGUCUAAAGUAGUGCUAAGAUUUCUCCUAUUAAUUGCCCUGAUCUCCUUUUGCAAUAAAAUGACAGAUAGUGUCAGAUAUUGACCAGUGCACUAAUAUAUAAACAUAUCUUCAGGGAGAUAUAUUUAAAACAGUGUGCUUCCAAAUGCCAACCACUUCAUUGGAACUUUAUUUCUUGUGACUGUAAACCAUUCUGAAGAUGUCUGGGAUCCUAUCUUGAUUGCACACGACAUGACUUGUGUCAGCUCAUUUGCAUGGACCAUCUUGUCUCUAUCACCUGAAAGCAAUGUUGCAGAGUUCGGGGACUGUGGAUAGCUCAGGAUAUGUGUACUUGCAUCGAACCAUCCUGCUGAUAUGAAAGCAUUGGUCGACUGUUCUGCAUGUUGAAUUGUGGGGCAGGGAGGGCACUUUUCUCCUUGACAUUUUUUUCUUAUUAUUUGAAAGAAAUAUAUGUUUUAAAUAGUUUAAUUUCUUGAUUGAUUUCCUUUUCUUCAAAAAUGCUGUAUUGGAGUUCUGAAUGUCUCUGGUUGUUUGCACACAGAUAACUGCAAAGAGGUUGUCAUUACUGGUUACACGCAAGCCGAGGCCAGAUCUCUUACUUAAUGACUUGGGGAAGGCACAAAACAUGAGAGAAAGGUAACUGCCAGCCAGGCUUGCAUUGUUUAGCCAGAAAUUGCUGCUUGGUUCUAGACUCUUUAAAAAAAAAAAAAUACCCAGGGUUUGUCAUCAUUUUCAGAGGCAGAGUGCCAAAUAUCACCCAAAGCUCUUGUGUCUUUUUUUACCCCCUUAUUUUAUUUUUAUUUAUUAAUUUUUUGUGCAAACAUCAAAUGUCACUGGUGUUCACAGAAGGCUUUUUUGACUAGCCUUAAAUUCCUGAGUCAAAAGAUUAAUCAGAUUUUCAGGCAGUGUUUAAUCAGGUGCUUUGUCCUGUAUGUUGUUCUUGUCUGUCUGUCUUAGCUCCCUGUCUUUCCUGUAUAUGCCAUCUGUCUCCAUGAAGCACAGAAAUGCCUCUGUAAGAUGUUUAUGAUUUUAAUAUUUACUCCCUCCAAACCCAACUCCAUACCAUUUUUUGCUAUUUGGAGCAGCCUCUCUGCUUUGUGUAUAAAUUAAUGAUGCCCUGUAGACUACCUAAGAUAAUCGGCACUGUGAAUCCUUUUGAUAAGCAGGGUUUAAGCAGCAAUUUCACCAUUGCACUUGGUUGCCUGCUGCAGUGUCAGUUUCUACUACCUAGCAACCAGCAUUCAUUACUACACUCCAACAAAAUCCUUAGGGAGUCAUAUUCAGUCUGAGUGGAAGAAAGUCUAUUUAUGCAUUCCUAUGAAUUCAACAGCAAUAGCGUGUCUCAUGUGUUGAGCAUGUGAGGGAAGAAAAAGGCCGUAAUAUAAAUAGAGGGAUAAAUAAUAUCACUAAGGCAUUUGGGAGCCUUGAGACUGCUGAUUAAUUCGUAUUUCUCAUGUUUAUUUUUUGUUAGGAAGACAAUUGUCACUUUUAUUAUUGGCCACGAAACAUGUAUUACUCUAUAUCCCCAAGUCCUAGAGCAUGACCUGCAUGUUGGAGAUGUUGUACAGCAAUGUAUUUAUCCAGACAUACAUAUAUGAUAUUUAGAGACACAGUGAUUCUUUUGAUAACACCACACAUAGAACAUUAUAAUUACACACAAAUUUAUGGUAAAAGAAUUAAUAUGCUGUCUGGUGCUGCUGUUAUUGACUACAGUGUUGUACAGAAUUUAUCAUGGAUUAUUGACUGCUGAGAAAGGGACAGUGGAAUUUAGCCAUACCAAGGACUAUACUGGAAACAGACUUCUGCUGCUGAAUGUGCCCUGAUGUGACCAGGUUGCACUUGGAAGAGAUCCUCACGUCUUCAAGAGGCACUUAAAGCUUAUAAAAGAACUGCGGCUGGAACUCAUCUGGUGCUCCCCAUGAGAGUGCUCUGCUUGUAGACUGGCCAGUGUCCAUGAAACAGCUGUAAAUACCAACAUGUGUGCAUGGGUCAACAGUCUUGGCCAUUUCUCAUCAAAAGAAGCCAAAUUCAUGAUCAACAUCUCUGAAGUUUCAAGUAAGGCCCACACUUCUUUGAAUUACUCUUCAUGGGCCCACAUUAGGUUGUGCUGUGAAUUACUUAAGGCAGUGAUACUGAUGUAGUAUAGUUUUGUCUUAAUUUCCCUUAUUUCUACUUCUUUGGUUGAAUCUAUGAACUUGACUGUAUAAUUUUCUUAUAAAUUACUGAUGUAAUCAGCUUGUCAAUUAUGUUGUGAAAUUGUUAGUAUUCAUUUAUCAAAAAUGACCUAUGUUUAGUCACAUAUUUGUUUAGUUCUGGGAAAUUGUUAUAGCUUAAAUGAAACUCACCAACAUUAUUCAUAGUUUAAGUCUUUUAUCAUUAUUACCUCAAUUAUAAAUAUUACAAAAACAUAAUUCUGGUAAUGAGAGUAUUUUUUUAUUCAAUGAUCAAGGAGCAAUGUCAGUAUAUAGUAGAAUAUCAAUUAAAUUAUAUCCUAAAAUGUAUAUUUUGCAUAAAAGAGAUAUUCUUUAAUCAAUUACUUUUUUGUGAGUUUUGUGGCAAAUGAAGCUUGUACGUGUCUUUAAAACUGUUGUAGAUGAAACUGUAUAAGAUUUUUACAUCUUGCUUAAUCAAUAUUUUCAGAGUCUAUUAGUUCCCCUGGGAUUCUGAAUAUAACAUAUAGCCUAUUAUAAACCCCUGUAUCGUGGACCUUUUGUGAACAUUUCAAGGCGCAUGCACAACCUUGAUGAUAACCAGUGGAAAUGUAACUAACUGAAAUGAAGAAUAAAAGGCAAAUGAGCUGGGGAUAAACUUGAAUGUUAUCUGAUUAAAUUACUCAAAUUAU